AGGUUGUUUUUGGGGUCUCGGCUCCGUUGGUCUUUUGGUUGCGUAAAGCUCGAGUCUACUUGUUCUUCCUCCGAAACUAUUAUCUCCCAUCGCAGCCCAAGCAUAUCUAUUUAAUACAUAAGGGGUGUCUAAACGAAUGAGCUGAUGGUUGAGCAGGCAAGUAAGAAGCGAGAACUUAUUCAUUUCCAGCAAGCAUGUCAUUGAACAAUGGAAUGAGGUCCUGUGCAAGGUUGUUGAUGUCCUCGGAAGCAUUUAUGGCAAAAUCAGUAAAGAGGGGAUUCCACUCAACCGAGGUGAAGAGAAUGGGGGGACAUGGUCACGAUGAACCUUACUAUCUGCAUGCCAAACACAUGUAUAACUUGGAUAGGAUGAAAUACCAGAAGUUGACAAUGAGCCUUGCAGUGUUCACUGCCUUCAGCAUUGGUGUGGCUGUUCCUAUCUUUGCUGUUGUAUUCCAGCAAGGGAAAACAGCUUCUGCUUGAGAACCACCCCCCCCCCCCCCCCCCCCUCUUCCCUUUUUUUCUAAAUCAAUAAGAGAUGCAGUAUCCGUGUUGAUUGGCCAGAUUUGGUUUGGUUUGGUUUGAAAAUUGUCUCAUCUCCUCUUGCAUGUAUUCUGCGUCUCUAUGGAUUAUUUUGUUUUGAAUGUCAAAUACAUGGCCGCAAAUGAAUAAAUUUCUUCCGAGACCAUUGAAUUA